CAUCUCUCUCUCUCGCCUCUGCCUCACUCUCCAAGUCACCAUUGAUCAAGGAUCCGCGGCACGGCAUCCAUUGUGAUGGCAGUCCAGCCAUCCAUGGAGACGCAAGCGCCCGAGAACUAUUCUCCACCCAAGGAUGGCAGGAGCGACCACGAGAAGGCCGUCGAGAACUGGCUCCCGAUCAACGCGUCGAGGAACGCCAAGUGGUGGUACUCGGCCUUCCACAAUGUCACGGCCAUGGUCGGCGCCGGCGUGCUCGGCCUCCCCUACGCCAUGUCCGAGCUCGGCUGGGGCGCCGGCGUCACGGUGCUGGUCCUGUCAUGGAUCAUCACGCUCUACACCUUAUGGCAGAUGGUGGAGAUGCACGAGAUGGUGCCUGGCCGGCGCUUCGACCGGUACCACGAGCUGGGGCAGUACGCCUUCGGCGAGAAGCUGGGCCUCUGGAUCGUCGUGCCGCAGCAGCUCGUGGUCGAGGUGGGCGUGAACAUCGUGUACAUGGUCACCGGAGGCACCUCGCUGAAGAAGUUCCACGACACCGUCUGCGAGAGCUGCAAGCAAAUCAAGCUCACAUAUUUCAUCAUGAUCUUCGCCUCCGUCCACUUCGUGCUCUCCCAGCUCCCAAACUUCAACUCCAUCUCCGGUGUCUCCCUUGCCGCCGCGGUCAUGUCGCUCAGUUAUUCAACAAUCGCGUGGGGCGCCUCGGUGGACAAGGGGAAGUUGGAAGAUGUGGACUACAGCCUGCGUGCGACGACGACGCCCGGGAAGGUGUUCGGCUUCUUGGGUGCGCUAGGGACUGUGGCGUUCGCAUACGCAGGUCACAACGUGGUGCUGGAGAUUCAGGCUACCAUCCCGUCCACGCCGGAGAAGCCGUCCAAGAAGCCCAUGUGGAGGGGCGUCGUCGUCGCCUACAUUGUCGUCGCGGUGUGCUACUUCCCUGUCUCACUGGUUGGGUACUGGGCCUUCGGCAACAGAGUCGACAGCGACAUCCUCAUCACACUCUCCAGGCCAAAGUGGCUCAUCGCCCUCGCCAACAUGAUGGUCGUCAUCCAUGUCAUUGGCAGCUAUCAGAUUUACGCGAUGCCGGUGUUUGACAUGAUAGAGACUGUGCUAGUGAAGAGGUUAAAGUUCCCUCCAGGCUUGACGCUCCGCUUGAUCGCUCGGACUGUCUAUGUUGCAUUCACAAUGUUCGUAGCCAUCACCUUCCCUUUCUUCGAUGGGCUGCUCAGUUUCUUUGGUGGAUUUGCCUUCGCGCCGACUACUUAUUUCCUUCCCUGCGUUAUGUGGCUUGCAAUCUACAAACCCAGAAGGUUUAGCCUUUCAUGGUUCACCAACUGGAUCUGCAUUGUUCUUGGUGUGCUUCUGAUGGUACUGGCACCGAUUGGAGGACUCCGGAAUAUCAUUUUGAAUGCAAAGACAUACAAAUUCUACCAGUAAACAUGAUUAGCCAACAUAAACCCCUUGUUUCAACCAACAAUUAACAGACCCGCAAAAUGUCUCAGAUCAUCAUCAGCUGAAACAAGUUCUGGAUUUGGCACAGUGUGACAUUACAUUCUUUUUGGCACGACAAAAAAUCGCAUUAGGUGGUGUAAGGAACCGACUACAGCGUCUAAUAUGAGUUUUUUGUCAUGCCAAAAAAUAGUGUUGUUUAGUGUGUGUUGCUUUCAUAGUGAUGCAUCUUGGUGUUUCUUGAGUGAAAGGUUUAAAAGUGUGUUCAAAUGA